AUGGGCAUCCAGGGCAUGGAGCUGUGCGCCAUGGCCGUGGUGGUACUGCUGUUCAUCGCCGUCCUCAAGCAGUUCGGCAUCCUGGAGCCCAUGUCCAUGGAAGACAGCAGCGACAGUGAGCUGGAGCUGUCCACGGUGCGCCACCAGCCGGAGGGGCUGGACCAGCUGCAGGCACAGACCAAGUUCACCAAGAAGGAGCUGCAGUCCCUCUACAGGGGCUUCAAGAAUGAGUGCCCCACGGGCCUGGUGGAUGAAGACACGUUCAAACUCAUUUACUCUCAGUUCUUCCCUCAAGGAGAUUCCACCACCUAUGCGCACUUCCUCUUCAACGCCUUCGAUGCAGACCGGAAUGGGGCCAUCCGCUUUGAGGACUUUGUGGUCGGUCUCUCCAUCCUCCUGCGGGGAACAGUCCAUGAGAAACUCAAGUGGGCCUUUAACCUUUACGACAUUAACAAGGACGGCUACAUCACCAAAGAGGAGAUGCUGGCCAUCGUGAAGUCCAUCUAUGACAUGAUGGGCCGCCACACCUACCCCAUCCUGCGGGAGGAUGCGCCCUUGGAGCACGUGGAGAGGUUCUUCCAGAAAAUGGACCGGAAUCAGGACGGGGUGGUGACCAUUGAUGAGUUCCUGGAGACCUGUCAGAAGGACGAGAACAUCAUGAGCUCCAUGCAGCUGUUCGAGAACGUCAUCUAGGACGCUUGUGGGGGAGGGGUGUCCCUGAGUGGCUGUUACCGCCUCUGCCCCAAAGAUGC